AUGGAAAAGAGUACACAUGGGGAUAUGGAUUCUACCGAAAAGAAGUUGAUCGAGAAGGGAAAUGAGGCAAACGGGGAAGAAAACGGUGACUCAAGUGGCAGCAAUUCUGCAGUUGUCGAGAUACAGGAUGAACGCGAACAGUGGGGAAAGAAAACAGAUUUUUUGCUUUCCUGUAUCGGAUUUGCCGUCGGUUUGGGAAAUGUUUGGCGUUUUCCCCAUCUCUGCUACGCCAAUGGUGGAGGUAAGAAAGCAGGUUAUGUUACAGCGUGUAUUUAACGUGUUGUGUUUGGACCAUGUGAAUGACCUGAAUGAACUCAGUCCCUCGUGAAAUUUUUUGAUGUUUGACCUGUUUUCUUGUGUAGAUUGCAACACACUAAGGCAUUCGCCAAAAUAUUAAACUCAAAGCUUCAAAACAAUACGAUUUCACUUAUAUUUCAUCAGUAAGGGGAACCAGAUAGGAUUUCGUUUUUACUGCCCGUGGCUGGCUAUUGUAGUAAACAUUUAUUGAAUGCAAAUCAUCUGGAAGUCAAGUGUUAUUGACUGUCAUUAUAUUAACCAUGCAUGACCAGUUUUCGCGCGUUUUGCGAGUUUACUUUCUUGCGUUCGGCCAUUUUUGCAUCUAAAAAUUUGUUUUCAUCACGGACAUUGCAUAAGCUAUUUUAUUAUUAUUAUUUUUUUUUCAGACAAUGAAAAUGACUUUGUUAUUUCUUGUCCGAAUGUAAUAGUACUAGCGAAUCUCAUUUUGCCAACAUCUUUUUUGACGCGGAGUGAUGUUUUAUUAACGUGGCUGGUAAACUUCACUUGCCAAGGUGGUCUUACAGAGAAAAUAACUCGUGUGGGAGUGUUUUUUUAAACCUCUCUUUUUUUUACCGCGAUUUCAACGCCCCCAGAAAACCGUGUUUGGGUUUAAUACAAGCUGGGUGAACUUUGAACAUCAUCACCAGUUUUCAGGAUUAUCGGUCAAUGUCCAUGAUUUAUUUGAUAAACAUUACAUUCGAUACCACGAGACCUUUGCUACAUAUGUUUAACACGAAAAUACUUUCCAGAUCCCACCCUCCCAAGGAUAUCCAUUUUAUUGUGAUUUUACACUCUUCUCUUGACAUUAAUCUCUUGUCUAGACAUACGCUGUUAAACAUUCCAAAAUGAAAAAGAUCACGAUGGAUCACGGUGGUUGGAUGUUUGUGUCGAGUACAAUUUAUUUUCUUUUGGCAGUCCCCAGUUGAAUUGUGCCACCUACUAGAUCAAUCUCUAUCCACUAAAUUUGUAUUAUCAUUUAUUCUUAAUGAGCCUGUUAUGUAAUUUGUUUACCCCACUAUUUGACAAUGCACCAUUCAAUGGCUAAGCCUACACUGUAUGUUUUGCAUUCAACAUGUACACUGAAUUGAACAAAAGUGGUGGUAUAUGGACUUGCACCCAUUCAGUAGUUGUCCAGUGAAUACAAUAGGACCAGGUCUACAACAAAAAUAAGCUUGUAGGUCAGGACUUGGUUUGUUUAGAAAAUAAAAGACUUCAUAAUGGAAGCAUCCUUUAUAUGUACUGCCUGUCAGUUUUGUAAAAAACAUUAAUUUUUCUUUUUUGCUUUCUAAUCCCAAGACCACUACUAAUUUCUAUUCCAUGUAUAUAAAAGAAAACUAUGAGUCUAGUCUGAGAAUACAUGAUUGAAUUUGUAAAUAUUAUCUGUAUGCAGGUAAAUGAUCAGCAUAGAUUGUAAAGCUGAAGUAUUAAUGCAUGUAAAAAUGUCAGUAAUAUUAUUGAGUACAUAAUUUAUGCUCUCAUUUACCCAAUAAAAUGCUUCACCUUAAUUCUCAGUCACCCCUCCCCCCCCCCCAAAGAAAAAAAUCUCUCAGAUGGUUGAUAAUGCUCAACUUUGAGAGGCUUUUUAUUAAUUCUAAGCAUUUUUUAAAAAAAAACUGUCAAAGGGAGUUUACAUGUAAGGGAAAUAGAAAUGUAUAAGUGGUAAGACAACGAUGUUUACAAGAUAAAAGUUUUUACCCAGCAAAAAAAUGAUCCUGUACACCACUUAAGGUGAAAAUUAUUUGAAAAUUAUUUCCAGGAGGACCUUAAGUCAUCAUAUCUCUUUAAAAAUGUGUCAAUUUAUUUUCUGUGACGAAAAGACUAAUUUUACAAAAAAAUGCCACUAAAAUGUGUGAACAAUGCCUAAAAUACUUUUGCCUCACUAAAAUGCUCAAACAAAUGCUAGCGUAAUAUACAAAAGCCUAAGGUCUGGUUCAAACAUCGACCUUUACAUGUGCCAAACCUAAUACCUAUUUAGGUCGACCCAAACUAUUGAGUUCGAUUGUUGAUUCAGACGGUCGAACUUAACAUGUGCCAAACCUAAUUCGCGGCAAAAACAAAUAUCAUCCUUACUGCUUAAAAUAGGGAAAUAAACUGAAAAAAGAUAAUUCACCAAGCCUGAAAAUUCUUGUUUUGAUUUUAGUGUGAUUUGUGUUCUGUUAUGGCAAGAAGUGAGCUGAGGAGAUCGUGAUCACAUUGCCAUUUGGACAAAAUAAAGUAAUGCCAUAAAUUUUUAAAUAUAGUAUGAUUUCUUUAUGGAUAUAAAGAAAAGCACCUUCAUAGAAGACCAUUUUAAGCUGUCCAGUUUCAGUAAAAAAAUCGACAACUAGAAUGCUGGUUAAGUCAUUACGCUUCUGUGGGUUCUGUCCACACAGGCGUGAAAACCCACUAUAUAGCCAAUCAGAAGUGUGGUUAUAUUGAAAAAUACGUUAACAUAAUUUAUGAAUUAGGUUUGGCGCAUGUGAAGUUCGAUGAAUGAAUGGAAGUCGANAAACUGUCAAAGGGAGUUUACAUGUAAGGGAAAUAGAAAUGUAUAAGUGGUAAGACAACGAUGUUUACAAGAUAAAAGUUUUUACCCAGCAAAAAAAUGAUCCUGUACACCACUUAAGGUGAAAAUUAUUUGAAAAUUAUUUCCAGGAGGACCUUAAGUCAUCAUAUCUCUUUAAAAAUGUGUCAAUUUAUUUUCUGUGACGAAAAGACUAAUUUUACAAAAAAAUGCCACUAAAAUGUGUGAACAAUGCCUAAAAUACUUUUGCCUCACUAAAAUGCUCAAACAAAUGCUAGCGUAAUAUACAAAAGCCUAAGGUCUGGUUCAAACAUCGACCUUUACAUGUGCCAAACCUAAUACCUAUUUAGGUCGACCCAAACUAUUGAGUUCGAUUGUUGAUUCAGACGGUCGAACUUAACAUGUGCCAAACCUAAUUCGCGGCAAAAACAAAUAUCAUCCUUACUGCUUAAAAUAGGGAAAUAAACUGAAAAAAGAUAAUUCACCAAGCCUGAAAAUUCUUGUUUUGAUUUUAGUGUGAUUUGUGUUCUGUUAUGGCAAGAAGUGAGCUGAGGAGAUCGUGAUCACAUUGCCAUUUGGACAAAAUAAAGUAAUGCCAUAAAUUUUUAAAUAUAGUAUGAUUUCUUUAUGGAUAUAAAGAAAAGCACCUUCAUAGAAGACCAUUUUAAGCUGUCCAGUUUCAGUAAAAAAAUCGACAACUAGAAUGCUGGUUAAGUCAUUACGCUUCUGUGGGUUCUGUCCACACAGGCGUGAAAACCCACUAUAUAGCCAAUCAGAAGUGUGGUUAUAUUGAAAAAUACGUUAACAUAAUUUAUGAAUUAGGUUUGGCGCAUGUGAAGUUCGAUGAAUGAAUGGAAGUCGAUCUUUUGCUGUUCUAUUCGACAAGCUCAGAUGAAUGGAAUGGAAGAGUUGACCCAAAUUCAAAAGUGUGAUUCAUACGUCAAAGUUAACAUGUGCCAAACCUAGGUUGGGUACAUGUAAAGUUCGAAGUUUGAACUGGGCCUAAGACGUGGCUUUGCAAGUUACCUUGAUUUGGUGAAAAAUGUUUUUAUUAAUGGGUUCUUUCUCUCCAUACAUACAUAUACCAUAGACAAAACCCAUCAUGGCUAGAAAGUACAGUGUAGAUGUUAAAAGUUUCAGAAUAUUAAGUUGAGACUUAAGGUUUGAAAAUGCCUCAUUUGGUUUGUUGUGCUAUCAAGAUGACAUUAUUGUGUAAAACCUACUUUAAACCUCUAUUUAAGCUUUUUCCUGUCCUGAACAAUCCAAAAGAACCCUAGUGUGAUAUUAAUGUGAAUGCCAGUAUUACAUUUACAUAUGACAGAAAUUUGGAGGAGUGCCAUUGAUUCAAAUAAAGUUGUUGAUAUAGUGCUGGUAGAUUUCCAGAAAGCGUUCGACUGUGUCUCCCAUAAUGUGCUAUUACGUAAAUUAGAAAAUGAUUUUGGAAUAAAUGGAGUGCUACUCGACUGGCUGCGCAGUUACCUUGACAAUAGAAAACAAUAUACUGUCCUAAAUGGUAUAGCAUCAGAUCUUAACACUGUUAAAUCUGAAAUACCGCAGGGUUCUGUUCUAGGACCGACCUUAUUUUCUCUUUACACAAGUGAUUUACCUGAAGCUAUAACCACUGUGACAACCUACAUGUAUGCUGAUGAUACUACCCUAUAUUGCAUUGGCGAUUCUAUCGAUGCAGUAAUUUCUGAACUUAACAAAGCUUUGGAAGAGCUUCUAUACUGGUGCAAAACAAACUCCCUUGUGCCUCAUCCAAAGAAAUGCGAAGCAAUGAUCCUCCAUCGUGGAAGAUUCACUGGCCCAUUGAAAGAGUUAACGUUGGCCUAGCACACGAUCAAAUGGGUUACACACUCUCGUCUAUUAGGCGUAUUGAUAGAUGAUCAACUAAACUGGUCUAAACAUGUUAGUGUUGUUAAAAAAGGCUUUGUUGAUAAGUUAAACUUGUUAAAACGUAGCAAAUUUCUUCCAAAGAAUAUGUUAUUAGACUUGUAUUUUAGAGUUAUUAUGCCGUCGAUCGUAUAUGGUAUAUCAGUAUGGGGAGGCCUCACAAAUAAGGAAGGUUUUAAGGCAUUAGAAGCACUGCAUUGUAGAGCUGCAAGAAUUAUCUCUGAGCUACCUUGGGAGAUAUCUAAUGCAGAUGUUAUGAAAAAGGCUAAUUGGUCUUUUUUAGCCUUUAUGUAUAAAAUUAGCUUAGCUAAGCUUAUGUAUAAAAUCCACAAUAACCUGACUCCAGACGCUAUGUCAGCUAUUAUUAAGAACAAUGAUAACAUCAAGCGAUAUCAACUUAGGAAGAAACUGAAAAUUGAUGUCCCUCGUUUUAACACCAGCUACAUGAGGAACUCUGUAGCUCGUAGAGGAGCAAUAGUUUGGAACACGUUGGUUCCUCAACUCAAUGAAGAUAUAGACAAUGUUAAGAAAUAUGCGAUUAUGGCAAGACGGUCAAAGGCUCUGCUACACCUAGAUUUCGAUUGUAUCUCCCCUCAAACAUUAACCAGAAGGGAGGAAGAUUUUAAGUAUAAUUAGUGUUAAUACCUAAUUAGUUGAUACUAGAGUACCACCUUGUACUUUAGAAUUUUAAGCUUUUAUCGUUUUAGACUUGUAAGUAGUAAGUAGCUAUAUGAUUUUAGCUGGUGUAUAUCAUUUUUAUUUUCUAAUUCAUUAGUUAUCUUAUUUAAUUAUUUAGACACGACCUCACAAGCGAAGCGUCGCUUUAAAUACUUAUCGUGUAUAAAUAAAGAUUAUUGAUUGAUUGAUUGACAUGUAUGUUGUUUUUAAUUUAGCAUUUCAUUAUUUUUUGUGGUUGCAAAAGAUGAAACUUUUCUUUGGAAGUUGUUAAAACGUGUGACCAAUUAAGUUAUUAAAGCAUGCUUUUGUGGUGGAAUAUUUUUGGUUUUGAGGUUUUUAUUUGUUUGUUUAUUCAUAGGAGCUUUCCUCAUACCCUAUAUAAUUUUUCUUAUAUUGUGUGGAAUGCCAAUGUUUUACAUGGAACUGGCUGUUGGACAGUACUUCAGUCUUGGUCCCCUUGGAUCAUGGGGAGCUGCCUGUCCAUUGUUUCAAGGUAAUCAUUUUGCAUGUACCUAUCACCUUCUUGUGUUUGUUUUUGUCCUGUAAGUUUAUUGAGGGUAUUGCUAAAAUGUUAAAGGGAAAUCUUUACUUUCUGAUCUUAGCAAAUAACCCAGUGACAGUACCAAUGUGAGUCUUUUUCUUUUGCUAAGUUAUCUGUAAAAUACUUGUUGGCUAUUGUCACUGAUAAUUUAUCCUUCAUUCAAGAUGCCCCACCAGAGUCAGGAACAGUGUAAGGAUUGAUAAGUGCAGACAGAUAAAACUAAGUUCAAAACCAAGCACUUUUUCACUGUCUUUUGAUUCAAGAUUCACCCACUACCACCUUCUCCUCCUAUGCACCCCUCCCCCACAAAAAAAGGAAUUAAAGAAAUGAAACAAUAUUGAUCCUGUAACAUUACUCUCUACCAGGGGUUGGAUAUGCCAGCAUGAUGGUUUCUUUUCUUGUGAGUGCUUACUACAACAUCAUCAUAGCCUGGUGCCUUUAUUACCUGUUCUUGUCCAUGAAGAAGGAGGUUCCUUGGAAAUCUUGUGGUAAUUGGUGGAACACUGACAAUUGUUUAGCAGGCCGUAUACCAGAUAAAACCAGCUGUUCUGCUUUUACAAAUAACACAGCAGCUAUUGCCAAUGGUACUGCUGCGCUUGCUAAUGCAACAUUUCCAAACUGCAGUAGUAAUUCAACAUUAGAAGACCAUGCCUCACCAUCUCUGGAGUUUUGGCAGUAAGGACAUUUUCUAGUAUUCACUGUUACAGUAGCAGACUUACAUCUAUCUUUAGAAGUUGCAUCCCCCUGCUUUUCCCAUGCCAUUUGUUUUACUACAUGGACCCAAAUUUCUUGUGACUGCUAUUUUUGGUCAUUGAUUUUGUUGUUUUGGGGGUCCAAGGUUGUACAAUCUCUGUUUCUGGUCUUGUUUCUUUUCUUUUACAGACAUUAUGUCCUACGUUUGACGGACAGUAUUGGUGAUGCAGGAGAUUUCAGAUGGGAGAUAUUACUUUGUCUAAUUGCAGCAUGGGUUAUAGUGUACUUUUGCAUGUGGAAAGGUGUCAAAUCUUCUGGAAAGGUAAAUUAGAGAAGAAAAGUGAUCAUGUCACAAAAACUACAUUUGUGAAAUUAUGGGAUUGGUUGGCUUACCCAGAAAGAACAAGAUGAAAAAUGUUCACUUGUUAACCCUUUAAGCCCCAGUAUUCACAUACAAAUUCUCCAAACAUUUCCAUACAUUUCUUUAAAGAAUUAGUUGAGAGAAUUUGAUGAUAGAUCAUCAGGCAUUUUCUCUUGGGUGAUCAUUUUAUUAAUUCUCAUAACUUAUCUCUUGACAGUGUAUGGAUAUUGUUAGGAGAAAAUUGAUCUUGGUCACUAAUGGGACUUAAAAUCAGCCUGUUGGUGUGAAUUGGUGGUGAGAUGUAAGCAAUGUUAUGCUCCGAUUACUCCAUACAACUUCUUCUAAAAAAGGCACGGAUCAUUAAUGUUAUGGUCCACGCCAAUUUUAGAGAGAUUUGUAAGGAGUCACCGGGGCAACCUGGGGCUUAUAUCUCCUCGCCAAUUUGCACUAACCGGCUGAUUUUUGGCAAGGGGGCUUUCUCAUCUUGUACUUUCUGGAUAUGCUAACCAAUCCGAUGAUUUUGCAAAGUUGAAUUUUUGUCGCAUCACACUUCUUGCUAAUGUUAAUUAUAAAAAUUAACUGUUGUACAGUCCAUGUGAGACCACCUCCCAUAAACGACCACCUGUCCAAAACACUGAAAUUUUCCCAUUGAAACCCCUACAAUCAGAACCUUUCGUAAAUGAGCACCUCUCAUAAGUGACCUUGACCUCGACCACUGGUUUUGGCCCAACAGUUAUUACUUUCUAUUGUUUAUAACCUUUUUGUAAGGGACCACUUGACACAUAAUGUGGUCUUCGUUCGCUGUAUGUACUACGCCCCCAGAGUGUAACAAGAACUUUCAGUGACAACAUGUAACUAUCCUUAUUUGUAACUUAGAAAUUGCAUGCAGUAAAUUAUCUUCCAAAAAUUACAUGUGUUGGGACCUCUUCUCGGAAGAGACCCCAUGUUGUUGAUUCUUGUUAGCAACCACUACCUACCGGGUGGUUGCUUUUGAGAGGUUUGACUGUAUGAAAUAUUUGUUCUCUUGUUCACAGGUUGUGUACUUCACUGCAACCUUUCCUUACAUUGUUUUGUUUAUCUUGUUCAUCCGUGGUGUCACACUUCCAAAUGCAAGUGAAGGCAUCAUUUACUAUUUGAAGCCUGAUUUUGCACGUCUCAAGGACCCAGGGGUAAGAUCAUAAGCAGAUUUUGAAAUUAACGGGCGUCCAGUCAUCAUGGAUGACCAGAAUUUGACACUGACAACCAAAUCACAGAUCAUGGUUGCCCCUUGGACAAUAGAAUUAAGCUGCCCUUUACCUGAAGAUACAUGUCUGAACGGUUAUUAUAAGAACCCAAAAUUAUUAUUCAAAGUUGAUAUUUCUGCUUGAUAAAUGGCACAGUGUAAUAAUUAUCAAUCCAUUUGUUUACGAUUCGUAUGUACAUGUACACAAACAUUCGUAUUGUCUGCCAUCCUGUUUUGUGUUUUGCUGUUGUGCAUGAACACCCAAGCUCCAGGAAGAUUCCCAGAUUUACAUGCAAUAUUACGGCGGAUUCACCCAUGUAGAUUUAGCACAUCUGGCAAAACCAGAGUGCUGGAUGCCAAGGAAACAAAAAGAAGAAUCAAGUCUUUCUGAAAAAGAGACUGGGGAAGAAGUUUCAACCAUCGCUUUGGCAAACAAGAAAACUCAAACAGAGGCAGGACACUCAGAACCUCAACAAAAUGCACUGAUUUAGAAAAUUUCAGAUGCAGUGGGAUUUAUUUAUUUAACUAUUGAAUUAAAUACUACACUAUGCCAUGUGUUAGUAAGCCUCAAGUAUUUCUCUGAUAAUGUACAUUAAAGUUCAGUUCACUUCAGUUUUUUCACACUUAUAAUAUUUACACUGUAUAGAAUAGGAAUAAAAUAGCAAAUAAGAGAAAAAAGAGAAGAAAGAAAUUAAUGGCUUUGAUAAAGUGUACGGUGGUCAGAGGAGCUUAGUUUUCGAGCUAACCACCUCUGUAUUAUGAAUGAAAAAACUUAAUAUGUGCUUUAGGUACCAUGGCAAAUACGGACAAUAAUGUGUAGCAGUCAUUUAUAUGUAGUCAACUUUGAGAGUUACGCAGAUUUCAUUAAUUGAACUGGUAGUGGUUGAGUGUUUUUACGUUUGUAGGAAUCUCUUGCGAGAUUUUGGUUAUGGCAAACUUAACUGUGUGUUUGCCAUAAUUUGACCUUAUACAUGGUGCAAGUUUUGGCUUCUAGUUCACCUUAGUUUUAUUUGGCACCGAGAUUUCACCGUGGAUGCUUACAGCUGUAUAUGGUCCCUCACUCUCCUCUCUUUACUUGUCCUUGUCCUUCACCCCAUAGUAUUUUGAUUCCCUCUACCCAAAGCUAUUCAGUUUACAUCACAUUCCAAUCCAACUUUUAUCUAAUGAAUAUCUAAUAUAUUAUGUCUUCAAGAAUUCCUUGAGUUAGAUUUCUAUUUUCCUUCUUUUGGACCUGUUAAUUUAAAAGACUGAGUUUGAAAACAAAGGAUAGUGCCAUAAAAAAUUACCAUGCAAAAAUACAGCAUGUCACUCAUUUUUUUGUUGCAAUAUUAUUGCAGUUUGAGAGCCAUGUUUUCUGUUUUGGUUUGUCGUAGGUGUGGGUGGCAGCUGCUACUCAGAUUUUUUACUCACUUGGCAUUGGGUUUGGUUCUUUGGUUACGAUGGGAAGUUACAAUAAGUUCCAUAACAACGUGUACAAGUGAGUGAAAGUUUUUUGACCAUUAAUUUUUUUUCUUAACAGGGCCUUACAUCUAACAAUACUUGCAUUUUGUUAGUGGAGAGAAUAACGGCUUUACAACAAAUGAUUGACAAGAAAAACACAUUUUCAUUUAUUGAAUUGAUUUUGUCCAGUUUUUACGCAGGACAAAUUUUGUCUGCAGUGCCAGUUUGAAGAUUGUCCUGGCUCAGACAAAAUUUUGUUAAAUUGGGAAAAACCACCUGCAUUUGUUAAGCGUUGGCGAUGACAGAAAAUUUGCCUAAAUAAACAGCUUUUUUGCUAGUGCGGAUAGUUUUUCUUAUUGCCGUUUUGUCUAAUGUAUGGUGUUGUUUUUAAUGAUUAGAGAUGCCAUGAUGAUUUCGCUGAUCAACUGUGGAACGAGUAUUUUUGCUGGCUUUGUUAUCUUUUCCACCCUUGGUUUCAUGGCUGGAGUGCUCAACAAAGACAUCACAUCAGUUGCAAGUUCUGGUAAGUUUUACCGGUAACUGCAUAGUGUGUUCAAAAAAUCAGUAACCUUUACCUGUACCCUUAGUUUUGUGAAGUAGAAUCUUCUGAAGAUGAAAUUGUGACAUAUGUGAAAACUUCUCUUCAAAGGACCUGGACUGGCUUUUGUGGUGUAUCCAGAGGCUAUAGCACAAAUGCCAAUUUCUCCGUUGUGGGCUAUCCUGUUCUUCUUCAUGCUGCUGACUCUGGGUUUGGAUAGUCAGGUACAAAAAAUAAUACACACCCUAUUCCAAAAUGUAGGCAACUUGAGUAAUUCUUUUCUUCACAAUAAUUGGCCCUCAUUGUCUUAUUUCAAGGUAAAAGCUCUUUUGAAUUCAGAUGCAAGUGAUUCAAGAAGCAAUAACAACAUAAUUAACAUAAAUAUAAAAGAAUUAAAAUAGAAAAAGAUAAUUCCUUUAUAUUUAUGUUAAUUAUUAUUAUUUAUUAAUAAUAAUAAUUGUAAUAUUGCUGCCAUUUUGGAAAAGGGUGUAUAUGGCUAGUUGUUUUAAUGUUUUUAUUCUUUACAGGUACCUAAAGUUUCUUAACAUUUAUUAUUAAGUUUUACACUCAGCAACGUUAUCUUAUUAGGGGGAAGGUGCCUGUUUAACUAGUUGUAAGCUGUAAAACUGACUUUCUUUGCACCCUGGCCUUAACAGUUUGUUUCCUUGUGGAGUAAUAUACAGUAAUUUGUUUCAGUCUAGAAUAUGGUUAAUCACUUUUCUUUCCUUCUAGUUUGGCAUGAUGGAAGCAGUAAUCACAGGAUUUGUUGAUGAGUACCACAUUCUCAGAAAACGCAAGGAACUAUUCAUCUUGGUUGCUUGUAUCAUUUGCUUUCUACUUGGCCUGCCGUGUGUAACCCAAGGUGGAGCAUAUGUUCUAAAUCUGUUUGAUUACCAGUCUGGAGGUGUUUCUCUUUUGUUUUUGGCUUUCUUUGAGACUGUAACCUUGGCCUGGAUAUAUGGUACAGACAAAUUUGCUCUUGACAUUGAGAAAAUGAUUGGAUGCCGGCCAGGACUAUGGUGGAGGUUUUGUUGGAAGUUCUGUGCACCAGCCAUCAUGGCUGGAAUCUUUUUGUACAGUACUUCACAGUGGGCUGGAGUCUCCUACGGUGAUUACAAGUAUCCACCUUGGGCAGAAUUUAUAGGAUGGGUUCUUGCUUUGUCAUCCAUGCUUUUGAUUCCUGGAGUUGCCAUUUGGCAGUUGUAUCGCACUCCUGGCACAUUCAUGGAGGUAAGUGCUCCGAAAUUGUGA